AUGUGGUUUUCGCUCGGCGAGAGUUGGGGCGUCCGGCUCGGAGGAAGUCUCUCUCUUGCUUCGAACGAGAAGGUAGGAGUUGAGUCGGUUCCUUUCCUGCGUUCUGUUUUCGACUUUCUCGAGAGGAGAGGCGCGCCGGGGGAGAACAGCCACCAGGUACCCUUCUUUCCCCCCUCCAAAGGGACACGAUCUCUUUGCUUUUGUGGAAAUACGCUGCCUUUUCCCUUUUUAAAAAAUAAAUGCUUGGUAUAAGUGGCUGUAAGCCCUAGUGGCUCAUUCAAGCCUCAAGCUUCAGGCGCAGUCUAUCCACACCUGGGCUGGAGGAAUCAGCCAGAGCCGAUCUUCUGUUAUUAGUAUAAUUUUAUUUUUAAAAUCAGGGCCAGGUAUCUGAUGCACAAACUUGUAUCUCUCCACCCACUAUAAAAAGGCUUCUGGUUUUUUCACGAAAGUAUUUUUAAACAUUUUCUUUAGCUCAUUAUAUACCAUUUCCCAGAAAGCCUUUGCAAGUUCACCGCAGGUGGUAGAAUAAACCUUCCCUUUCUUUACAUUUCUAACACUCCCUGCUUCUUGUCUUGUACAUUUUGGCCAAUUUAGCUGGUGCUAAAUACUGUGAAAUUUUAAUCUGGAAAACCAAACGAAUAAAUUGAUAUGUACCGUAUUUUCCCGUGUAUAGCACACACACACACCUGGUGUAUAAGACCACCAGGGGACUCAAAAUUAAGGAAACGGGGAAGAAAUCCCCCAAAGUUGUUGAGCUGUUCUUGGGCAGGAUUGCCCCCUGAAAUCGCUCACCCGCCACACCGACAACGCCACUCGCACGUGUCACAAAAGCCUGCUAUCCUCACCCCCAAUUUUUGACAUGAUAGUUGAAUACAAACACCUUAUACACAGAAAAACGCGGUAUAUAUAUAUUUUAAAGCCAGGUUCCCCCUCUCCCCUUGAGCUCUAAAAUUAUCUGUGCCGCCUCCUCGAAAACCACACCGCAGAGCUUUCUUUCAUUUUUGGUUUUUAUUUUCCCUUGCCUCACUUGCGGGUUUCCCAGAAGCACCCUUGCGGGAAGAGCUAAUUUCUGUGCCGCCUCAGGCGCCACUUUUGCGCAAUCUGGGUGCCAGGGGGGAAAGAGAGAGAGGUGAGAUCUGGAAAGGAAAGCGAAACAGAGGAGGAGGACUCAAAAAAGCACGGCAAGGCCUCUCCAUCCCUAAAGUGACUUUGGAUUUCCCUUGCAGGAGCGGCUGCCGAUCAGAGCCCUGCAUCCGUGUCGGGCCCCCUGGAGAGAUGUCACACCCAAGGGCCCUUUGGAGAGGAAGGGGCCCCCCCAGGCACCUGUGGCUGGUGGCCGUGGCCCUGUGGUUCGCCGUGGCGCGGGGGUCAGGCGGUAAGUUAUCAUCCCUGCCCAGGAAGAAAUGAUAAGCUGCUUCCUGCCGCAGUUUCUAAAUCAGCGACAUGCAGAGAGGAGAUUGGGAUCGACCGGUAAAUCUCUGGCUGAUUUGCCAGAGAGACGGAAAUCAGGGUUGCGUCGAAGGCGACCGCGAGAUUUCAUCUCUCUGGACCUCUGGAAACGUUGGAGGGGAUGGAAUAGGACGUCCCUAUUUUCAGGGGAGAAACGUUGGAGGGGAUGGAAUAGGACGUCCCUAUUUUCAGGGGAGAAACGUUGGAGGGGAUGGAAUAGGACGUCCCUAUUUUCAGGGGAGAAACGUUGGAGGGGAUGGAAUAGGACGUCCCUAUUUUCAGGGGAGAAACGUUGGAGGGGAUGGAAUAGGACAGCCCUAUUUUCAGGGGAGAAACGUCGGAGGGGAUGGAAUAGGACGUCCCUAUUUUCAGGGGAGAAACUUUGGAGGGGAUGGAAUAGGACAGCCCUAUUUUCAGGGGAGAAACGUCGGAGGGGAUGGAAUAGGACGUCCCUAUUUUCAGGGGAGAAACGUUGGAGGGGAUGGAAUAGGACGUCCCUAUUUCCAGGGGAGAAACGUUGGAGGGGAUGGAAUAGGACGUCCCUAUUUUCAGGGGAGAAACGUCGGAGGGGAUGGAAUAGGACGUCCCUAUUUUCAGGGGAGAAACGUUGGAGGGGAUGGAAUAGGACGUCCCUAUUUUCAGGGGAGAAACGUUGGAGGGGAUGGAAUAGGACGUCCCUCUUUUCAGGGGAGAAACGUUGGAGGGGAUGGAAUAGGACGUCCCUCUUUUCAGGGGAGAAACGUUGGAGGGGAUGGAAUAGGACGUCCCUAUUUUCUGGGGAGAAACGUUGGAGGGGAUGGAAUAGGACGUCCCUAUUUUCAGGGGAGAAACGUUGGAGGGGAUGGAAUAGGACGUCCCUAUUUUCAGGGGAGAAACGUUGGAGGGGAUGGAAUAGGACGUCCCUAUUUUCAGGGGAGAAACGUUGGAGGGGAUACUAAGGGAAGCUAGACCAUGUUGGAAGACCGGGUCAGGUCCAGGGCAAAAGGCAAAUUCCUGGGAAUGCCCUCUGUCCGUUUCAGCACACUGUAAAACUGUGGAACUCCCUGCCACAGUAAGCAGCGAUGGCUACCAGGUUGGAUGGCCUUGAAAGAAGAUUAGGCAAAUUCGCAGAGGGCUAUCGAUGGCUCCUAGCCAAGACAGCUUUGCCUCUGCCACCAUGGUCGGAGGCAGCGAUUCUUCUGAAUUCUGCUUGCUGGAAACCACAUGGGUUCGAAUCCUGAUUGCCGGCUUCCCAUUGAGGCAUCUGGCUGGCCUGAUUCGGCUACAGGCCUCUUUCUGUGUUCUUACAGCUACAGUUUUGGAGAAAUUUGUGGGUUUUUAGUUGUUGUUUUUUUAAAAAAACCUGAAUAAAAUGACUUUCUCCGUGCUGGUAUUUCACAAGCACUGGUGAAACUUGAAAGCCUCGUUAUCGCCUCAUCUGCUUGCCUGGCAUAUGGAGGCUCUGCCAAUUGCCCCAGUGCUCUGGCAGAGGGGAUUCCUUACUAGGGUUAUAACUUUUUUUCACUCCUGUUCCCGGAGCUUAGUUAGAUGAACUUUUACCUAAAAACAAACAAAUGAUCUGUCGCGUUCAAGUUUUCGGAGAAAAGGUCAGCCCGAAAUCAACAAAUCGAUUUCCCUCUAGGGAACUAUAUAAUGUAUUCUUGUCAUAUGCCUGGCAUGUACAGGAGAAAUGGCGCUUGCGGAUUUUCUAAUACUUGCGCCACGAUUUGUACAUUGUCCAUCACUUCUUAUCGCUUAGAAUAAAAUCAGAGUUGCAGUUUGACUUGCACCAUAAAGUUCCCACAUCCUCUGAACUCCGUCUUUUUCUGUAUUUCGGUUCUUCUAAUCUAGAACGUUCUCGGCCAUUUUAGGAAGCUUUGGACAGCUGGAAAAGUUCCAUAAAGUUUUUUAAAGUGUGAAUACUUAUGAGCAGUAAAGUGAAUCCAACUUUUCCUUUUGGGGUGACCUUUUCUUGUUGUUGCUACAGAUAAGAAAUAGUUAGGAUACAGGAAAUUGUGUUUCUUUUUUUGGGGGGGAGUCAAGAAGUUAUAACCCUAAUCCUCACACCUGUGUCUGAAACUUGGGUUAAUUUGGUUAUUCAUUAGGAAGCUGGAAACUUGGGGGAAAUGGCAUUAUUGAGAUAAAUGUGUGUGUGUGUGUGUGUGUAGGGGUCAUGCAAACUCAACAACCUACAAAGCAGGCUGCACGGUCGAGAAUCGAAGGGAAAUAUGGCCUUUGAAGGAAAAGGCUACCCUUAGUCAUUAAUUUCGUUACCAUAAUUAUAUUUAUGAAUCACUUCCCAUAAAAACAUCUCAAAUUACUCAUUUUGCCCGUAGACACGCCCACGAUUCCGCUCGUAAAAAUCGGCUAACACCAAUCCCAUUCUUGCAACCCAUUCUGCUUUUUAUUUACCGAGCAAGAAUUUAAAUGCAAGAAUUUAACUGGGCAGAUAAACCAUAAAAAACCCCCAAAUAUAAAUUGCUUUCCAUCUGCUUCUUCCGGUGGCCAUUAUCUGGACAGGGAGAGCCUAAGUUCUGGAAUUUAGGCUCUGGAAACCUCCAAGUUAGACUACUGCAACACAUUAUUUGUGGGGCUGCCCUGGGAGACGGUUUGGAAAAUUCUUCUUUCUUCCCCCCUCACUUUUAAAGCUUUAUUGAUUAGAAUAUGGCCAAUCAACAGUAUAAUAAUAAUAAUAAUAAUAAUAAUAAUAAUAAUAAUUUAUUAUUUGUACCCUGCCCAUCUGGCUGGGUUUCCCCAGCCACUCUGGGCAGCUUCCAUAGAAACCAAAAAUACACUAAAAUAUCACACAUUAAAAACUUCCCUGAACAGGGCUGCCUUAAGAUGUCUUCUGAAUGUCAGGUAGUUGUUUAUUGCCUUGACAUCUGAUGGGAGGGCGUUCCACAGGGAGGGCGCCACUACCAAGAAGGCCCUCUGCCUGGUUCCCUGCAGCUUUGCUUCUCGCAAUGAGGGAACCGCCAGAAGGCCCUCGGCGCUGGACCUCAGUGUCCGGGCAGAACGAUGGGGUGGAGACACUCCUUCAGGUAUACUGGGCCGAGGCCGUUUAGGGCUUUAAAGGUCAACACCAGCACUUUGAAUUGUGCUCGGAAACGUAUAACAGUAUAACAAAACAAUAAUGCAUGUCACAAAAAGAAAAAAAUUCCAACGCAAUAAAUUCCAUUUUGCACCUCGGCUGCGCACAUUUUUGAAAGUAAAUAGGUCAGGAGAACAACAGAGAGUCGAGGAAGUGGUGCUUUCCCCCCUGAACUCAGCACAAAGGAAAUUGCGCACAGAAACAGGGAGGCGGCAGGUUCUGCGCCGCACAAACUCUCUCGUGAACCACACAGGAUUAUCUCAGAGGGGGAAGAGAUUUAUAUCCUAUGCCUUUUUAAAAUGUGGUUUUUGUGCGGCGGGGGCAAUUGGGUUGUUGUCUUUAUUUUCAUUAGGUAUUUUGUGGUUUCUAUAUCUUGAUUUUAUUCUGUGAACCGCCCUGAGACCCCCAGGUAUAGGGGGCGGUAUAUAAAGUUGAGGAAGAAGAGGAAGAAUAUUCGACUUGCUGAAUUGCAAACCCUCCCAAUAUCCCGAUUUCCCAGUUCUGGAUUUACAGAAGCCGUCCCAGUUUCUGAUGUGAUCCUGCAAUUUCCCACUUUUCCUUAGGACGUCCCUAUUUUCAGGGGAGAAACGUUGGAGGGGAUGGAACAGGAUGUCCCUAUUUUCAGGGGAGAAACGUUGGAGGGGAUGGAAUAGGACGUCCCUAUUUUCAGGGGAGAAACGUUGGAGGGGAUGGAAUAGGACGUCCCUAUUUUCAGGGGAGAAACGUUGGAGGGGAUGGAAAAGGACGUCCCUAAUUUCAGGGGAGAAACGUUGGAGGGGAUGGAAUAGGACGUCCCUAUUUUCAGGGGAGAAACGUUGGAGGGGAUGGAAUAGGACGUCCCUAUUUUCAGGGGAGAAACAUUGGAGGGGAUGGAAUAGGACGUCCCUAUUUUCAGGGGAGAAACGUGGAUCUCUUUUUCGCUGCCCAGGUGA